CAUUUCCACUGACACCACAGGUCAGAAGAAGAGAAGCAUGGAAACGAUUCCGCGGGCCUCGUGUGCAUGAGCAGGACGCGGGAGAGCAGAGGUUUUUUCCCCGGGCGGUGCGAUCAUCAGUCUCCUUCGGACGAAAAACUUUGAACACUUUGAGUUUUUCUCAUUUUGCGAAAGGAAGAGGAGUGCCCCUAAAUGUGACAUCACGAGAAACCCGAAACCGUCAUCUCCAGCAGCCCUCCCUCUUCACCGCCUGCUCCCACAUUUGCUGCCCUCUCCCUAACACCAGGCAGUCUGCGCUUCUUCGCCGUCCCCCACAAACAGACCGGUCCUGCUACCGUUUCCAAACUAUACCUUUUGUUCCCAGGUGUUUCCACCACCACCACCAGCACCGUCUCCACCUCCACAACCACGGUGAGGGAGUCAGCGAGGUCUUCUUCUGGAGAAACGAGUCACAAGGAUGGAGCUGCAGAAGCAGCUGAACGGUAAUCACCAUGACGUGGCCAUGCCCGUGGAGAGAGGAAUCCCACCGGAGGAAGAGAAGUUCCUGCGGCAGAAGGAUGAUGGUUCAAAGAGGCCACAGUUCACAGAUUUUGAAGGUAAAACCUCCUUUGGCAUGUCUGUUUUCAACCUGAGCAACGCCAUCAUGGGCAGUGGGAUCCUGGGACUGUCGUACGCCAUGUCCAACACCGGCAUCGUCCUUUUCUUGAUCCUGCUGACGUGCAUCGCCUGUCUGUCUUGUUAUUCCAUCCAUCUGCUGCUACGCAGUGCUGGAGUUGUGGGUAUCCGUGCUUACGAGCAGCUUGGCCUGAGAGCUUUUGGUCAUCCGGGAAAAAUUCUAGCAGCGGUCAUUAUAACGCUACAUAAUAUCGGAGCCAUGUCCAGCUACCUGUUCAUAGUGAAAUACGAGUUACCGCUGGUCAUCCAAGCCUUUCUUGGCCAGACUCCAAGUCCUGAUGACUGGUACAUGAAUGGAAACUACCUCAUUAUCAUCGUCACCAUUUGCAUCAUCUUCCCACUGGCCAUGAUGAAACACUUGGGAUAUCUUGGUUAUACAAGUGGCUUUUCUCUCUCCUGCAUGGUUUUCUUUCUCUCUGCGGUGAUAUACAAGCGAUUUAACAUCCCCUGCCCUCUGGAAGUGUUCGGCAACUACUCCAUGAACACAACAACAACAACAACAAUAACAACAACAGCAACAACAACAACAACGGACGACACAUGUGUCGCCAAGUUCUUCACCAUCAACCAGGAGACGGCGUACACCAUCCCCAUCCUGGCUUUCGCCUUCGUGUGCCACCCUGAAGUACUUCCCAUCUAUACGGAGCUGAAAAAUCCAACCAAGAGGAGGAUGCAGUUCAUCGGUAACGUUUCCAUCUUGGGCAUGUUCGUCAUGUAUUUCUUCACGGCCAUAUUCGGUUAUCUGACGUUCUACAAGAACACAGAGGCCGAGCUCCUCCACACCUACAGUAAGGUGGACCCCAUGGACACUCUGAUUCUGUGCGUGCGUCUGGCCGUCCUGGUGGCCGUCACGCUGACCGUGCCCGUGGUCCUGUUUCCUAUCCGUCGCGCCCUCCUACAGCUGCUGUUCCCGGGGAAACCCUUCCACUGGCUCCGUCACGUCAUCAUCGCGGCGUGUCUGCUCUUCUGCGUCAACCUGCUGGUCAUCCUCGUGCCGAACAUUCGAGACAUCUUCGGCAUCAUCGGAGCGACCACGGCUCCCACUCUGAUCUUCAUCCUCCCCGGACUCUUUUACAUCCGCAUCGUCCCCAUCGACCAGGAACCAAUGAACUCCAAACCGAAGAUCCAGGCUGCCUGCUUCACUGCACUGGGCUUCAUAUUCAUGACCAUGAGCUUGACGUUCAUCUGCCUCGACUGGGCGAGUGGAGAGAAGAGAAGUCUCGGCGGCCAUUAAAGCCGACUCUCCAACCCCCGGCCCAACCUCAGUCUUCUGGAUCAGAAGCAACAUUCAUCCCGCUGGAAGGCUCUGGCUUCGACGGGACAGUUUGCAUUAAUCAUUAAUAAGAAUAAGGUUCCUCUUGUUCUUUCCAGCCUCCAGGAUCCAGCUCAGAUCGAGUCCCUGUGUUCAUGAAAAGGCCUGACAAACACUGCGUUAGCCACCUUGAACACUAAAAAGCUAUUGGCCGUAACAGAGGCUCAAUCAUAACAGGGAGAUUUGAAAGCUGACUAAAAUUUGAAGGAAGAAGUGUAUUUGUGUUCAUAAACGACAACAACAGAAAAAAAAAACAGCUUUCAGAUAAUUCACCAUCUCCUGAUGUGUUUUAUAUUGUAAUUCUGUAGACUAGGGUUACAUUUUAGCUAACUUUAUACAAACUGUGAACCAGGUAAUUUGGAAUAAUUGUGAUUUUAUUCUGGACAGAGUACGUGUUUAUUGUUUAAUAAAAAUCACUAAAGAUUAAA